AAAGAAGGAGGAAGGAAGGAAGAAAAAGAGAUAUGAAGGCGGUGGAAUGAAAAUGGAAGUAAGGUUUGAACUUUGAAGCAAGCAAUGCCCAAAUACAUACAUACAUAUCUCUCUGUCUCAUGUCUUCACUCUGGACUGGACCCACUUUCUUCCAACCAGCGGCGCCAUUAGUCUUUACUCUUCUUUCUCCCCCCAUUCUCUCAUUAUAUACCAAUAAUAAACAAUUCCAAACACCCUCUUCUCCUUUCUUUCUUUCUUUCAUCUCCCAAAUCCCCUCCCACUCUUUGGUCCCUACUACCCUCCCCUCUUUUUUUUAUUAUUACACUCUUCUCCAAAUUCUAAACUUAUCCCCCACCAAUCAUACACUUGGGAUUGGAGCUAAAAUAAAAAAAUCUUUCAAGAGAUAGAUAUUAAGAUAAGGUGGUAAAUCAAGAAAUUAAAAAAAAAAAAGAAAAAAGAAAAGAAAAAGAUGAAAGGAGAAUAUGUAGAACACCACCACCCUCCAAAGAGUGAACCACCAAACAUGUUCUCAAAGCUUCACCACCAAUCACCACCACAUCAACAUCAACAUCAACAUCAACAUCAGCAGCAUCCAUUUUCUCUUCAUAAUCCAUUCCAACACUUCUCAAGGGAUCAAUGCCAAGCUUCUGCGGCGCCGGAAGAAGAUAGCCAUGGUGGAGGCGGUGUAGGCGGCGCCGCCACUUCUCAGAAGCCGAACUCCUCCGGCGACGGAGCAACCAUAGAGGUUGUGAGGAGGCCAAGAGGUCGCCCGCCGGGCUCCAAGAACAAGCCUAAACCGCCAGUGAUCAUAACGCGUGAGCCCGAGCCCGCCAUGAGUCCGUACAUUCUAGAAGUUUCCAGCGGAAACGACGUCGUUGAAGCGUUAGCCAGGUUCAGUCGGAGGAGGAACAUGGGGAUUUGCGUCCUUACUGGAUCCGGAACCGUUGCUAACGUCACUCUCCGUCAGCCAGGAGCAGCUCCCGGAGCCACCGUUACGUUUCACGGCCGAUUCGAUAUCUUAUCUGUUUCCGCCACGUUUCUUCCGCAGCCGUCGCCCGCGGUUCCUACCGCCUUCGCCAUCUCGCUUGCCGGACCGCAGGGGCAGAUCGUCGGAGGACACGUCGCCGGAGGACUUAUGGCUGCCGCCACGGUGUUUGUUGUGGCGGCUUCGUUCAACAA